AUGGCCGACCCUACAGAGGAUCCUAGAUCUAUUUGGAGCUCACGGAGACCCUACAAUCCUCUUGUCAACCCAACACACUGCAAGCCUUCUUUAGUGGAAGAGCAUACCGAAGACCAGAAUCAUAUCCUCUGCGCCCCGCCCAUCUUCGGCGCACUACUUUUUGAAAAUGCUACGUCAGAUGCCCGUGACCACUGUGCAAAUGAACGCACUUUUCUUUCAUGGCUGCGCAUGUCCAUGUAUUUAGCCGUUGUCUCGCUAGCCAUCAUCAUAUCGUUCCAUUUCAAAGACCAGCCAACCGGCUUAGAACGACGCAUGGCCUUACCCCUCGGCAUCGUCUUCUGGCUCUUGAGCUUGACUUGUCUUAUCAACGGCUUUGCUAACUAUGCCCGCACGGUCAGGAAGUACAGCCGGAAAGCUGCGCUAGUUCAAAGUGGCUGGAAGACACAACUCGUUUUUACGGUGGUGGGAACUGUCAUCCUGGGAAGUUGCAUUUUGUUCUUAUCGACAGAUCAAGCUGCCUGA